AUGUCGGCGCAUGCCAUGCCCGUGGUCGGCUUUCUCCAAAGCCCUGCCUCUGCCUUGGGGAGUUUCCUCAACCCGCUCAAUGUCCCCUCGGUCCGAUCCCGCGUGGGUCCACUCCACGGCGACAAACUCAAGGACAACGUCCGGGGCUUCUGUAACUGGAUUAACAAGCUGCGCACUCAACUCCAGGAGAAGCACGCCAGUCUUGGUGGGAUCCCGGCCGAGCUCGCCGACGAUGUCCUCCGCCUGCUGAAUCACUUCUUCCCCUCACCCAACGGUGUGGAUAGCAUCUGCCCUUCAUCCGUCGACAUCAGCUAUGGCCAACCGUCGCCCUCUACCCCGGUGUGCGUGGCCAAGCCCAUCACAGUGUCUUUCAACAACCACCUCAUCGAGAUCGCGGAUGGCCCGACGGCCCUCGGCUACAUCUUCAGCAUUGCCCGCAUGCCAUCUCAGGUCCGGCCGGCGCAGUUGAUAUGGAGCAACUACGUCGUGCCGUUACUUGCAAUCUACAGUCGAUGUCUCUACCUGGCGUACAUCGCCAGCCAGGACUGGAAACCUCGCUUGUUGAACGUUCCAUGGAUGGCAUGUGCCAUGUACUUCAACGAUGCCCAGGGCCGUCUGGCCAUGCUCCUCGGCAGCACCUACGCACCGUCCUCUGCUGACUCUGGCCAACUUGCGGCUGCGAACGGGGCAAAGCGGAGCGCGAUGGCCCUCUAG